GUGGAAAACACAAAUAACACGAUUAAGACACGAUGAACGGUGCAGUCACAUCUUUUGCUAUGACGUUCUCAGAUUUUAAUUAUGAAAGCAACAGUACUGAUAUAUAUGAUUAUGAAAACACAGCUGUAAGUGUUGUCUGUAAUUUAACAGCUAUAGCUCCUGGAACAAACAUAGCUGUGAGUUUAUUGUAUAUUGCCAUUUUUCUGCUGGCCAUCCCUGGCAACCUCAUUGUUGUGCUGGUAAUUGUCUUCACUGAGCAAGUUCUGUCUCUGUCUGACCUCUACUUGUUCCACCUGUCUGUGGCUGAUGGCCUCCUGGCCUUGACGCUGCCUUUGUGGGUGACGGAAAUAUCUCAGGGCUGGGUGUUCGGCAACACAAUCUGUAAGAUAGCCAACCUCAUCAUGGAGGUGAGCUUCUACAGCAGCAUCCUGUUCCUGGUUUGCAUCAGUGUAGAUCGCUACCAGGUCAUCGUACAUGCCAUGGAAUCCAGGAAGAAGCACAGACGUGAAUGGAGGUGGGCUGUGUGCGGUACAGUGUGGGUCAUCGGGAUCAUUUUCUCUGUCCCAGCACUCUACAGCUUUACCUUUGAGAUCAGUGAAUCGUACAAGAUUUGCAUGCCACCAAACGUGACAAAGCAUCGAGUGGUCACUCGAAUACUGCGCUAUGUAUUCGGCUUCCUGCUGCCACUGGUUGUCAUGCUGGUCUGCUACGGUCUGACGGUGAAACGGCUGCUGAGGACACGUGGCUUCCAGAAGCAAAAGGCCAUGCGAGUGAUUAUGGCUGUGGUGGCUGCCUUCCUGGUCUGCUGGACACCACACCAUCUGUGCUCAAUGGUGGAUUUUCUGGUGAGAGCCAAGUUAGUGCCUUCUGACUGUGACCUCCUGCACUCGCUGGACCUGGCGCAGCUAAUCACACACACCCUGGCCCUCAUGCAUACCUGCGUCAACCCCAUACUGUACGCUUUCAUCGGUUUGAAGUUCCGCAGUAACAUGCAGCAGCUGUUGUGCUGGAGGGAAAACGUGCUGCGCGGCUCCUUGUCACGAUUCAGCAGGUCCACAUCGCAGACCUCAGAAGCUGUCACCACCCUCCUGUGACUGUCUGUUGACGCCCACUCCCCUGUGGCAUGGGGGCCCGGUCCGCUCGGAAAGGUUGUACACGCGUUGGUGGAGUUACGUGUCGCUGUGACAGUUGAGAGAUUCUGUGCAUGUUGUGCAAAAAAUCCUUUUUAGUUUUGUUAUGUGGAUAAUGUGAACUACUGGAUUGCUGGGCAUCAAAAUUGCUCUAUAAAUUCUGGAUUUGUGCACUGUGUGAUACUAGCGUGCACAAGCCAUCCCAACUCACCAGGGAGAGGGGCUGAGAGAGCGAGACAGCGGUCUAUUGUGCAGCUCUGUUCCCAUUCAAAAAGCCCUGCUGUUGCUUCCCACCCCACAGAGCUGUCUGGGUUGCAGACCUUUACAUGCACAUUUACUCAUUUGACUGACACUUUUCUCCAAACGACAUUCAGCUCCGAGUAAACGAAAGUGCAUUUCACCAUCAGAGAGACAGAGUCACCGAUCUCACCUCAAGCUACAGUCACUCGGUCCAAUAUCACUGGUUUUGCCAGCACGCAUUACACAAGUUGCUACCUAUAGAAUCGAUGAGGAGUCGCUUGUCCCGGUUGUACUGAGCUUGAGAAUUCUUCAAACAAUAAACCAACUCUCGUCCCCCCGUUAAAUUCUAAAGUCGAGGACCAGCUGUGCUGUAGUGUACUAUUCUAUGAUAUGAUAUUUUAUACUGGACUA